AUGCAUACCAACGGGACUUCAGACAGUGAACAAGCAAGCUCAGGCGGCCAGGAAAACGGCCAGAGUGAACGCUCCAAGUGUCGGGAUAUCUUUCUCUUCAGCGUCUCAAGGACUCUGUCAAACGUGUUUUGCCGUUUGCUCUCGGCUCAGCCGGGCUGGGUUCAAUCAGACUACCAUCUCGACAAGGGCUUCUUCCAGGCUCGAGAUAAAUUCGACUGGGCCCCUCUGGACAAGAUAAGCGAUGAGCUGCGCCAGGAGUACAUAGAGUUAACCAACAAGGGGGUGGAGAUACUUCAGAAGGCGAGAGAAGAUGCUAUUAAGGAGUCAGCGGACAGACGGGCCAUUGAUGCUAACGAUCAGCAACAGGAUAAACACCUCUUUGUGAAGAAUCAUUCUUUUUUCGUGGUUGAGCCAUCAGCCUUGUUGGAUGAAGCACAGCGAGGCGAAGAAGUCCCCUCUCUGACUAUCGUUCCUAGGCCUUUAGCAGCUGAAGCAGAGGGCAGCAUAUCAGCUACACCAGCACGAACGAAGACAAACACGACCUUCUUCCCUGACGAGUACCUUUUAUUAUGGCAGCCGGUGUUUAUGAUUCGCCAUCCCGCGCUCGUCGUUGAAUCAUGGUACAGGACCGAAACAAGAGUCGUUCCCAUCGACGUCAAAGACAGAGUCUGGUCGUAUUUGACGUUCCGAUAUUCUCGCAGCCUAUAUGACUGGUACGUGGCUAGAGCUACGGAGUCCAAUGGCACCAAGAUAGCGGCAGACGGUAACAGUGCUUCCUCUCCCUGGCCUAUUGUCGUCGAUGCGGAUGAUGUUCUCAGUGGAGAGUGUCUGGCCAAGUUCUGCAGUGCCUGUGGUAUGAGUGUGGAACAUAUCAAGUUUGAAUGGGAGGAACUGCCUCUUGAAGCACAGGACGUUUCGAAAAGACAUAUGAGUUACAUGCGUGAUCUGUGGGCAUCCACGGGCCUCGACCAGUCCAAGUCUUCAAAGGGAUUGGAUAUGGAGGUUCGAUAUGGGAAGUGGAGAGAGGAGUUUGGGGAUAGUGUUGCGGAGGGUUUCCCGCAAGAAAACAACAUGAUAAAAAGCAAAUUGAUCAAUAUAAAGGGGGAGGGGGUCGUCAAGAAAAGAGGAAAUAGAAAGGAAAAAGAAUACGCAGAACGACCCAGAUUUCGUGCCCCCAUCAUGUUAUUAACCCAUAAUUCCAAGCAGCAUGAGAAAGAAAAGAGAAGCAGAAGGAGAAGAAGAGACGAAGCAAGGCAAAAGACAGCCGUAAAGUAA